AUGUGUUUUUGGUGCGGUAAGCCGGGACAUAUUGCUUUACACUGUACAGAGCCUCCACGAAAGAAAGAUGAUGACCAAGAUAAGAACCCAAAAGGAAAGGCCCGAGUUUUCGCACUGAAUCAGCAUGAGGCGGAGCAGGAUUUGAAUAUGAUAGCAGGUAUUGUGUUAUUAUCCAAUGUCCCUGUUUACGUACUUUUUGAUUCUGGGGCUACCAAUUCUUUUAUAUCUGCAUCCUUCGUCGCUAGGUCCAACUUUGCAUGUGUUAGAAUGAAUAAUGAAUUAGAGAUUAGCAUCCCGUCAGGAAAAACUCUUUACACGAACCAGAUGACUAAAUCUAUGAAGUUAGAGAUUGAUGGAAAAAUAUUGGAAGCAGACUUAUACCUCUUGGAAAUGAAAGAUUUCGAUGUUAUUUUAGGCAUGGAUUGGUUAUGA